GUAAAACCGUGUUUGAACAGUUUUGAGGUGAUGGCGACUCCAGUAGAUCCUCAGACGCCAUCAGUAUCAGGACAGGAGAAGAGACACGUGAGGUUUGUGGAAGUGUCACCGCGAGAUGAAGACCAGAAGGACGUGACGGAGGAGUCUGGUGCUCAUCUGUCCGUGUGGUCGGCCGGUCUGUUCAUCAGUAAGUGGCGCUCGGCGCAGCGCAGAGGGGUUCGAGCCCGGCUCUACACGGAUGACCCCGAGUACAGACGUGUGCUGAGAGAGCAGGAGCUCCAGCUGAGAUCCAGUGUGCCGCUGCCGCUGGCCUCUGCUAUGGACCAGGAGACCCUGCUCAUCCUGCUGGACGUGGAGAAAUCUUACAGACGGAGCCUGGGUCCACACCACACUCUCACCACAGACGCUCAGAGACGAAUCCAGACGCUCAGAGACAGACGGUCUGCUCGAGGUGUGAGAGACGAGACAGAGACGAGCACCUGGAGCCGCUGGACACCCUUCAGGAGAGACAGACGAGCUCAGAGUCCAGACACAGAGACAGAGGAGACAGAGAAGAGCGUCCUGGGCACCUGGACCCGCUGGACACCCUUCAUCUUCAGACAAGCUCAGAGUCCAGACCACACCAGCGUCUGAUGAGAAUACACAUUAAACACUGAGGAUCUGCUUCAUCUGUGUGUGUUUGACAGAGAGCACACACACACACACACACACACACACACACA